AUGAGCACCGCACAAGGAAGCGUAUUGCUGCUCUUGCUGCUCUUGCUUCGAUCUGCUUAUGACCUGCUCUUUUCAUCACUUAGUCACAUUCUUCCCAGUGCCGGUACAUCUGGGGAGCUAUGCAGCAGCUCCCGUUCCCCUCGGCUGCCGGUCGAAGUCUCUGAACGCAUAAUUGACUUCGUAAAUGCAAGCUUUGUGGGCUACAAUCACGAGACGGAUAAAGACAAGAGAGCCACCCUGCUGGCUUGCGCUCUCACCUGUCGAUCUUGGCGACCUCGCAGCCAGCUGCACCUAUAUCAUUUCGUCAUUCUAGACGACAAGUCGCAGCUACAGAGCUUCGCAGAUUCGCUACACCAGAAUUCCGAGCUGGGAACGUACGUCUUUGACCUUGCUAUCAGGGGGAACCGAGCAGGGAUCAGGUUCCCCUCGGGCAUCGAACAAUGGACGGCCCUCCUUGUUUUUAACCUACGGUUCUUGCCACAUCUCGAACGACUCACACUCAAAUGGUGCGAUUGGCGGUGCCUGCACCGUAGCUUCUUCGCCAUUAUUUCCUACGUCCCUUCCAUCACAUCCCUCUCCUUGUCAAGCAUUCGGUUGCAUGCUUCGAAGGAACUUGUCUACCUGGUCUGCUCCUUCCCGAACCUACUUGAACUCGUGUUGUUCGGUGUCCAAUGCUCCGACGCGCGUGCAUUUCCUCUUAUCAAGAGAGCCAGACGAAAUAUUCCCCUUCAUAUACUUCGGAUCUAUGGACCUAGCUGCGCAAGUGCAGGUGCGGUGCUUCGCACCCUGCAUGUGUCGUCGUCUGGGACGCGAAUUCAGAUACUCCAAAUCACAGCUAGGCACAAGGCUACACAGCUCGAGCUCGGCCAUUUUCUUUCCGGUUGUGGUAGCUUGGAAGAACUGGACUUGUUUUUGGACAUGGACCAGCUCAAGCCAGGUAAGCUACUCUAUAACGGAUAUUAUAACGAGAUGUCCAACUUUUAUUCAGAACCUGAAGAAUUCUUUGACCUCAGCAAAUGUAUUCAUCUACGACGCCUGCAGAUCAAGUAUAGCCAGAUGCCAGCAUCAAAUAGAUUGCUACUAUCUCAAACACUAUCAACAGUGCCUGCAGCUGCGAUGGUCUCUGCCGUCAAGAUCAGCCUCUUGGAGGAACGCAGAGACAUCGCUCUACUCAAUAGUAUCAACUGGGAGGCCUUAGACUCAGUUCUCGAUACUCCCAAGUUUCGCUCGUUGAACAACGUUACGGUCUGGAUCUGUGUUUGGGUGCCCAUUCCCGUGGAUUUCGUCGAGAAACUGCUUCCUCGCCUCCACCAACGCAAGCUACUAACUUCUGAACUGCGUCUGCAUUGACAUCAGCCUGUGUAGACUUCGUUGUAUAUGUAUACCAUGU